GCGCGCUCUCACACAUACACUCACACUGAGCACUCACCUCAGCAGACGCACGCGCACACUUCUCCGGAUCGGAACGAGAGCGCGAGCGACAAGAAGCGAUUCGAGGCGAAUACAACAAAGAAGAGAAAAAUGAAACCCGUCUGCCAGCUGCUCAGCCUGCUGUUCGUGUUCAGCAGCUUGCGCCUGGACGAGCUGGAGGCUUGCUCAUGCGCGCUCACGCACCCGCAGGACGCCUUCUGCAACUCCGAUAUCGUGAUCCGAGCCAAAGUGGUGGGGAAGAAGCUGCUGAAGGAUGGCCCGUUUGGCACCAUGCGCUACACAGUCAAACAGAUGAAGAUGUACAAAGGAUUCAACACGGUUCAGCAUGUCCAGCACGUUUACACGGACGCUUCAGAGAGUCUGUGUGGAGUCAAGUUUGACAUUAACAAAUACCAGUACUUGAUUACAGGUCGUGUGUAUGACGGAAAGGUUUACACAGGACUCUGCAACUUUAACGAGAGGUGGGAACGUCUGUCCCUCGCUCAGAAAAAAGGAAUGAACCAUCGCUACCAGCUGGGCUGCAACUGCAGGAUUAAGCCGUGCCACUAUUUGCCCUGCUUCGUGACCUCAAAGAACGAGUGCCUGUGGACGGACAUGUUGUCACACUUCGGCUAUCCUGGCUACCAGUCACGGCACUACGCCUGCAUCCAGCAGAAAGAGGGCUACUGCAGCUGGUACCGGGGCAUGACCUCCCGCGACAAAACCAACAUGAACACCACGGAUCCCUGAAAUAACCGAAGUCUUUUUUUUUUUUCUUUUUUUUUUUGGAAAUCUAUUUUUCCCCCUACUACCCAUCAAACCAAUCAUUUGUUUUUUUUUUUUUUUUGUUUUGUUUGUUUUUUUCACUCAAAAGUUUCCUUUCCUUGUUUCCAGAAUAUACAGGAAAUAAGGAAACGAUUCAGAUCGUGCCGAAUGACAAUUUUAUUGAUGCCUGUGGUAGCACUUUAGAGGUAAACAAUACCUGUGUUUUAAUGCAUACUAUAUUUACGCUGUGGCCCAGUCGACGUGCGCUCUGCUGUCCACAGAGACGCACGCUGAGCAGUCCAUGCAAUCAAAGGAGCCGUCAGUGGGAGAGACAAGAAAUGAAUCCGGGUAUUUAAAAAAAAAAAAAAAAAAAAACUGGUUUCAGAAUGCGUAAUUAGAAUUUGUGUCAUAAAUACAGCCAAAAGUGUGACGUACGACGUGUAUAGCGAGAAACGCCCACAAAAAUCAUCUCAAGUCAUGAUGGUGUAUUUUUAAAAAAUUAUUAUUAUUCAUAGCAAUCCACUCUUAUUACUAUGACACCGUAUUCCCACUCUAGACGUCUCUCGUGUUCAAAUUCAGAACAACGUGCGUGAUAUUCAGAUGAAAACAGCUAACCGAAUUGUAGAAUGUUUUUUUUGUUUUUUUUUUGUCUUUGGCGAUUUCUUGCCUCGCCCUUUUUGGUUCUUUUGAGAAUGCACUAAACAAGCUUUCUAAACUGCUGCCUUGUUACCGAUUCAAACAUUUGGAAACUUCCAUCACGCCGCAUAUAAAGCAAUAAGUGUUACUGUGAAAAGGUCGGGUGCCAGACGGACACAGCAUCACUUAACACAGCACGUGUAGAGAUGAUACGCCAUGAUAUACAGUAUCACGCUCGCAGUUCAAUCCAGUCACAGGACAGUGUCUGACGUAAUAAUUUAUGAAAGCAAUACUGGUCCUCCUUCAGAAGCAGUUAAGUGUUAUUUUAUAUUAUUUAGAAUGAUAUGAAUAACUGUAUAGAUCCACCAUGUAUGCUGUAUAAUAUCUAUUUAUAAGUAAGUGAUCCUUUUUUUUUUUUUUUUUUUUUUUUUGCCUGCCUCUUACUUUGUGCUGUAGUUGUUCAACGUCGCUAAUAUAAUCUUCUGCAUUCAAAGUUGAUUGGUUUGAAUAGUCAUGAAUAAUAACAGAGUUAUAAUGUAUAUUUUUUACAACUCAACGAAAAAAACAAACAAACGCAUAGCAGACGUCGUGGGGAACAGUUAUUUUCUUGAACAGAGCAUUUAGUUUAUUUUUUAAAGUGUUUCUCUCGCUCGUUAUGGUAUAAGCUACGAAACGAUGACCUGACUAAAACCUCUGUCGCGUUUUUGCGCAUGUUAAUAUGUCCGGCGCUCCAGAUUAACGUCAUCUAACGGUCCACACAGAAUCGGCUCUCUUGCCUGCACUGAUUUGUAUUCAUGAUUGAACUUAAUCUGGACUGAGAAACUGCCCCAUAGUGUGUUACAAGAAAAGGCUACAAAAUCCUGUGCAAAUCCCAGAACCAAAAGUCAAGCGUGUGCCAGGAGUUACUUGGCGUUUUCUGGAGGGGGGAAAAAAAAAAAAAAAGUACUGCAUUUGUACGAUGGUGAUGUUUAUUAGUGUUAAUUUGAUGGUACUUCUCUGAUGAAGAUUGAGCUGGCUGGUACUAACAAAGGGUUUUUUUUUUUUUUUUUUUUUUUUUUUUUUUUUUUUUUUUUUUUUUUAAAAAGUGUCACCGCACAAACAGAGGUUUUAGUUUUGGUAGUAGUUAUGGAUAAAAUAUUUCUAUAAAGAUAUAGACCUAUUUGAAAUGGACAGAUACAAAUAUUGUUGAUUUUUUUUUUGUUUGUUUGUUUGUUUGUUUUUUUGUUACUAAGUUCUUGUUUUGUCUUUUUUCCAUAUUCACAGUAUUGACAAUAUCUUCAGCUCAUUCCUCUCUCUGAGACUAAGACGCCUCCGCUAGACGAAACGGCGGAAACAAUUCGGUCAUUAAUUGGCAUUUCCGAUGAACGUUUACCAUAAAUCAUGUUUGAUUGAGACCUGUACAGGAGUACAGCCUCCAUCACCAACCAGUUGAAACAGAUGAAUAGUUUAAGAUUUCUAUAACUAAUUGUACUGUUAACAAACAUACUUAUGACGCUAAAUACACCGUAUUUAUUCAAAUAAUUCGCCAUGUCGGGAAAAACCGAGGCAUCUUAGUCUCCAUCACUUUAUGCUUGUGUAAAAUACUGUCUGUUUUACACACCUUGCAGUCAAUCAUGCCUUGAAUAUAAUUAAUAGAACGUUCAAGAUGUUUUUUUUUUUUUUUUUUAUGUACUGUGUGUGUGUGUGCGUGUGUGUGUACACUGAUUUGUAAGGGGAAAUGUCUUUCUUGUAGGAGCUUACAGAAAUGUUAUGAUUUUUAAUUUCUCUUUUAUAUUUUUAUAAUAAAGAUUUAAUGAAAAUUGCAUUUGUGAACAUGUCCUAUUUAACAAAAUGUAUGUUUAUACUUUAAAUAAAAACGAAUGCCUGCCUGAAUUUGGGCAGAGUGUAUGUAUAUUAUAUCAGAUUCUACGUCUAAAUAAACAAAUCAAGUUUGUUCUUGUA